AUGGGCCGACGGCAAAACUACAAUACCAGUACCAACAGCAAUGGCUCGCACACUCAGAUGUUUAAGGAGCAUAACAUCGCGGCCAAAGCUGUCGACAGGUACCAGCUGAUAACUGCUCUGAACAGGCAGCAUGGGAGGAAUGGAGAUGUCAUCGCGCGGUGGAACCUUGUUGGCUCGGAUGAUUUAUCGAAUGACGGCGAACCUGCCGACUCUCGCCAGGGCGGCAGUGAGGAAAAUGUAAUGAAAAAUUGA